UCUGAGGAGCAAUUCCUCCCGCCGGACCUCUGUGAGGAUGGCGGCGAGCGCCGAGGAGCCUGCCGCCUCUUCGCCCUCUUCCCCCGACGUGCGCUCCAGCGAGCAGCAGCAGCCGACGCCGGCCUCCGGGGGGGAUGACGCGGCGGAGCUGCGGCGGCGUGUGACCGACUCAACUGGGUGCAUGGAGGAGCUGGGGGCGGCGAAGGGGCAGUGGGCCGGCGAUGUGGGUCGGAGGCUUUUCGUUUUUGGCGCUUUUACUACGACUCUGACAGCUUGCGUGGCAGUGGUGCCCGCGGCACGGCCGCAGCUGUACCAGCAGGCGCGAGAGCAGCAGCCUGGAGCGGCGGAGGCAGCGGCGGCGGUGGGGGUGUGCGCAGUGGGCUCAACGCCCGGACCCUACCCGGGCAUCCGCCUGCCGCGCACCAGCCCCAUUCCCGGCCAGGUGGUCACACUGGACAACGUAUGCGUGGGGCUGGUGGUGCGGCGCGGCCCGGACUGGGACAAGAUCUACACCAAUUUCAUGGAGGCUGGGGUCGACGGUGGCCCCGGCAAUGACGGCGUAGUGACGGACGUCAGCAAGACUGGCAGGUACGCCUCUGUGCGCUGGAAUGCCACCGGCGAGACAAGCUAUAGCUGCAACAUCACCGGCAAGCCCGGAUACCACGAGCUGGUGGUGGCGCCGGCGGAGGCGCAGCGGAAUUGCUGAUUUGAGUGGUGUACGGUGCAUGAGGAAAUGGCGCGGCAAAUAAUAAGAGGCAUGCAACUGGCAGUUGCAUGCCUGGCACUGGGAUAUAGUGUAGUAGGCAGGUAGGGCUUAAGGGUGCCAAGUUCGUGAUGUUGAGGACGGAUUCCGGUGGUUGUGGCCUGUGCGGCCAUCUAUCGCUCGACGACUGUGUGCGUGUUGGGCGGGUGCGUGCGUGCACAAAGACGCACACGGCUCAUGGUUGCGUCCGGUGGCGUUGCGCGUAGGUACAGCAGGGGUGGGGGCACGCAUUGGUAUGCAGUACUGAUAGCUGUCAGACGCUUGUUGCUGGGUAAGCCUCAUGGGACAUGGGAGCGGGAGCUUGACAGUUGAUAAUGCAGUGUUGCGCAUGUAAGCCGGGACGUCG